UAGAAGAAGAGCACUGCUAGGCUAGCUACCAAGCUAGCAGCUGUAAAUCUCACGUUUGCUCAGACGUGAACUCGAACAUGCUUCUCCAGACGGCCCGACCGUGGCUGCUCCGCUGCAGGACUCUACCUCGGUCCCCGUCCAGGCCCUACUAUGCGGAGAAAGUGGCUCGACUCGGCUCCGAGCCGGAUAAACACUCCUCUGUUUACCAGGAGAAUUAUGAACGAAUGCAGGUUCUUGUUGACGAGCUGAAAAGCCGGACAGAGAAGAUUAAAUUGGGCGGAGGAGAAAAAGCCAGAAGGCUUCACAUGUCUCGUGGGAAACUUCUGCCCAGAGAGCGUGUAGACAGACUCCUGGAUCCAGGGACCCCCUUCUUGGAAUUCUCUCAGUUUGCAGCAAAUGAGCUCUACGGAAAAGAGGAAGUCCCAGCAGGCGGUAUAAUUACCGGGAUUGGACGCGUGUCGGGGUUGGAAUGUGUUAUUGUUGCAAAUGAUGCCACAGUUAAAGGAGGAACGUAUUAUCCAAUCACCGUGAAGAAGCAUCUCCGUGCACAAGAAAUAGCUCAACAGAACCACCUGCCAUGCAUCUACUUAGUGGAUUCCGGAGGAGCCAACCUGCCCAGACAGGCCGAAGUCUUUCCCGACAGAGACCAUUUUGGACGCAUCUUCUACAACCAGGCCAGGCUGUCUUCAGAGGGAAUCGCACAGAUUGCUGUUGUGAUGGGCUCCUGCACGGCUGGAGGAGCUUACGUACCAGCGAUGGCAGACGAAAGCAUCAUUGUGAAGAAGCAAGGAACGAUCUUCCUCGGCGGACCUCCACUGGUCAAAGCUGCCACUGGAGAAGAAGUUUCUGCCGAGGACCUUGGCGGCGCCGAUCUUCAUUGCAGGAAAUCCGGUGUGACCGAUCACUACGCUUUAGACGAUAAUCACGCGCUUCAUUUGGCACGGAAGGCGGUGCGGAACCUCAACUACAGGAAAAAUAUCGAGGUCACCACAGAGCCCGUUGAGGCUCCUCUGUACCCGGCAGAUGAGCUCUAUGGGAUAGUUGGAGCUAACUUGAAACGCAACUUUGAUGUCAGAGAGGUCAUUGCCAGAGUUGUAGACGGCAGCAAAUUUGAUGAGUUCAAGGCUUUCUACGGAGACACGCUUGUGACAGGAUUUUCAAGAAUAUUUGGUUACCCGGUCGGAAUCAUUGGCAACAACGGAGUCUUGUUUUCAGAAUCUGCAAAAAAGGGGACGCAUUUCAUCGAGUUGUGUUGCCAACGAAACAUUCCACUCAUUUUUCUACAAAACAUAACAGGGUUCAUGGUGGGUAGAGAGUAUGAAGCAGGAGGCAUCGCCAAGGAUGGAGCCAAGAUGGUGACCGCAGUCGCCUGUGCCAAUGUACCCAAGAUCACCGUUAUCGUCGGAGGAUCCUACGGUGCAGGAAACUACGGCAUGUGUGGCAGAGCCUACAGCCCUCGCUUCCUGUUCAUGUGGCCAAACUCGCGUAUCUCGGUUAUGGGCGGUGAGCAGGCGGCCACCGUCCUCGCCACCAUCACGAAGGAUCAGAGGGCGCGUGAGGGAAAGGAGUUCACCGCCGAGCAAGAGGCCGCCAUGAAGGAGCCAAUAGUGCGGCGGUUCGAAGCCGAGGGCAGCCCGUACUUCUCCAGCGCCAGACUGUGGGAUGACGGGAUUAUUGAUCCAGCAGACACCCGUCUGGUGUUGGGUCUGAGUCUCAGCGCGGCGCUGAACGCACCAACGAAGAAGACGCGGUUCGGAGUGUUCAGGAUGUAGCGUGUGCGGGUGUAGACCUCGGAUCUAACAGAGUUGUACUGUAUUUAUACUAGUUUUUGUAGUUUUAAUCCUGAUGUGUCACCAGAUUAACAAAGAUUAAAAAAAAUAAACACUAGAAAAACAUCACCUGAGUGAAUGAUCAACGUGGAAGAUGUUGCGGGACAUCUCCACUGUCAGGUUGUGCCUUAACUGUUACUACACCAGUGUAAAUGCAACUCUAGUUUAUAACCUGUUUCCUUUAGUGGCCUGGGUUGUUUUAUUUGAUCAAAUUCUGUAAAUGUGAAAUAAAAAAAUGUGAAAAUCUGAA